AUGAAGCUAUAACCAAACAUCUCGGCACGGAGGCUUUAAAGUUUGAAGAAAUUCAUCAGACAGGAACGGGUUUUUGCAAUUAAAAAUUUGACAACUUUUCGUAUUGAAAUAUCGCUGACAGCGAAGGCGGUUAUAGUUUGAUUGUCAGCGCUUUGUAUGCCCCUCCCCCUGAGGCGCUUAAAUGACAGGCGCGCGCCUGUGAGCUCGCGGCUGACGCCAGCACAGAGAGAGAUGCUGUAGACCAGCGCAACUUCCACCAGCGAGAUUUAUUCUGUUAAAUGUAUUAUUCGUGCCUCAACCAUGAAGACCAUACUCGCUGCGUAUUCCGGAGUGAAAAAGGGCUCAGGCUCUAGCAUCCUCUCGGCCUUACACGACCUGCCCUCCGUCCCCUGGCUGACACGAUCCAAGAUCAUGAAAUAUCUGCAGGUGAUCUCUGUCCUGCAGUUUGUCAUCACAUUUCUUGUCAUGGGCAUUGGCUGCUUGUUGCUGCUGAUGUACAUGUUUUGCACAGACUGCUGGGUAAUUGCCGCCAUUUACACCGCCUGGCUGAUCUAUGACUGGAACACCCCUAAACAAGGAGGCCGCAGAUCGACCUGGGUGAGAAACUGGACUGUGUGGAAAUACUUUAGAGACUAUUUUCCCAUAAGACUCAUUAAGACACAUAACCUGCUUCCCAGCCGAAACUACAUUUUUGGCUAUCACCCUCACGGCAUCUUUUGUUUUGGUGCUUUUUGUAACUUUGGGACUGAGGCCACAGGAUUCUCCAAGAUAUUCCCUGGAAUCAAGCCGUCUCUUGCCACAUUGGCUGGAAACUUCCGCUUGCCAUUGUUUAGGGAUUACCUGAUGUCUGGAGGUAUCUGCCCAGUAAACAGAAACUCCAUGGACUUCCUCCUGUCUAGUAACGGUACAGGCAACGCUGUGGUCAUUGUGAUCGGAGGGGCUGCAGAAUCUCUGGACUGUGCCCCAGGAAUGAACUCCGUCACGCUGAAAAAACGCAAAGGCUUUGUGAAACUGGCCCUCAAGCAAGGUGCUGAUCUGGUGCCUGUCUACUCAUUUGGUGAGAAUGAGGUUUACAAACAGGUGAUUUUUGACGAUUGCUCUUGGUGGCGUACGGUUCAAAAGAGACUUCAGAAGAUUUUAGGUUUUGCCCCCUGCCUGUUUCAUGGCUGGUACCGU